AUUGACAAUUACAGCAUCAUCGACAAGGUCGGGUCGGGAACGUAUGGUGAGGUGUUUAAGUGCCAACAUAAGGUCACGAAGGAUAUUGUGGCGCUGAAGAAGCUGAGGCCGGACGUGGAGAAGAACGGGUUUCCUGUGACUUCGAUUCGUGAAAUGAAGAUCCUCAAGUAUCUCAAACACCCGAACAUUGUGGAGCUCAAGGAGAUUGUGUCUUCCAGCGCUCCUCCUAAAGAAGGCAAAAGACCGCCUCUAUACUUUGCGUUCGAGUACAUGGAGCACGAUCUGUCGGGUUUGUUGAACCACCCGCGUGUCAAGUUUACUCGCACGCAGAUCCAAUGUUAUAUGCGACAGCUGCUGACUGGCAUUGCAUUCAUGCAUCGCAACAAAAUCAUCCACCGCGACAUCAAGGCAUCGAAUUUGCUGUUGAAUAACCAGGGCAUGCUGAAGGUGGGCGAUUUCGGUCUCUCGCGGUUUUGGAAUGAAGUUAACGCCAAGGCCGGGAGAUACACAAACAAGGUUGUCACGCUGUGGUACCGACCACCGGAGCUUCUGAUGGGCUCAACAUCGUACGAUUUUUCGGUCGAUAUCUGGUCGAUUGGUUGCAUCUUCGGCGAGUUGCUGCUGGGGAAACCGAUUCUACAAGGAAAGACGGAGAUCGAGCAGCUUCAAUUGAUAUUCGGACUCUGUGGCAUGCCAACGGAGGAAUCCUGGCCCGGAUUCUUCAAAUUGCCUGGUGCUGAAAGCUUCCAGAUGGACGAUAAAUAUGUGUGUCCCUUGCGUGAGCGGUUCAAAAACUUCCCGCCGCACGCAAUCGACUUGCUGGAAAAGCUAUUGCAGCUGGACCCUGCGAAGCGAAUCACAGCCGCGGAAGCUAUGGACCACGACUACUUCUGGCGCGUUCAAACAUGCAAACCACGAGACUUGCCAAAGUUCUGCGUGUCGUCUACUCAUGAAUACCAGUCGAAGAAGCGUCAUCAUGA